CGAGAUACUCGACCGCUACUUCUCAAACGUCAUCGAACCCCGUCUUGUCUGGAGUUCGGCUCCUUCCCACCCAGUCUGUGGCUGCCGCCUCUGGAGUCUCGUCCAUUCAGCUCUCACUCGGACUAUCCGCUCGUUUGGCCCAAACUGCACAUUUUGACCCGGUUUCCCUGUGGACCUAUGGCAGAGGCUGUGCGACCCGAGGACUACUGCGACGAGGUGUUGGAGGACGAAUUCGGCGAGAUCAUCAAGUGUCGCUCUGAUGAACGAGAAGAUGUGCAGAAGAAGACUUUCACAAAAUGGGUCAACUCACAGUUAUCUAAGACAGGGAAACCACCUGUGGAAGAUCUUUUCUCAGACCUGUGUGAUGGACGACGCUUGUUGGAACUGUUGCAGGGUCUAGCAGGAAAUGAGCAGGUGAGGCUGGAAAAGGGCACCUCACGCGUCCACUCGCUCAACAAUGUCAACCGAGCUCUCCAAAUCCUGCAGAAGAACAAUGUUGAGUUGGUGAACAUUGGCGCGACGGACAUUGUUGAUGGCAAUCACAAACUCAUUCUUGGCCUCAUCUGGAGCAUCAUUCUCCAUUGGCAGGUAAAGGAUGUGAUGAAGGAGGUAAUGGCUGGCCUACAGCAGACAAACAGUGAAAAGAUUCUGCUGAGCUGGGUUCGUCAGAACACAAGCCAGUACCCGCAGGUCAAUGUGGUGAACUUCUCCAGUAGCUGGAAUGAUGGGCUGGCAUUCAAUGCUCUCAUCCACAGCCACAGACCGGAACUAUUUGAUUGGAGUUCUGUGGAGGCCAAGGUGUCAGCGACUGACAAAUUGGAACAUGCUUUUAGUAAGGCAGAGCAACAUUUGGGCAUCGACAGACUCCUCGACCCAGAAGAUGUGGCAGUGCCCCAUCCUGACAAGAAGAGCAUCAUCCUGUACGUGACGUCGCUCUUCCAGGUGCUUCCACAGAGCAUUACCAUGGAAGCCAUCCAGGAAGUUGAGACGCUUCCGCGGCCAGCUAGUGCUGCCAGCACAUCUCAUGUUCUGACUGGGGAACACUAUCAAAUCCAGACCCAGCAGCGCUUCUCCCAGCAGAUCACGGUGAGUGUGGCUCAGGGCCGAGUACAGAGUCCCUCUCCUCAGCCUCGCUAUAAAAGCUAUGCCUACACCCAGGCGGCCUAUGUCACAUCUCCUGAGCAAAAGAGGAGGCGCUUUACUGAUCAGUUUCUGAGUCCCAGCCAAGAGGAGCUGCAGCGAGGUCUCAGUCCUUUGCCCCCCGGCUCCACCAGUCUGGAGGGUUACCAAGCGGCUCUGGAGGAGGUUCUGACAUGGCUGCUAUCAGCUGAAGAUGGGCUCCAGUCCCAGCCCGCCAUCUCAAACAAUGUGGAGGAGGUCAAGGAGCAGUUCCACACACAUGAGGGCUACAUGGUAGAGCUCACUGCGCAUCAGGGCAACGUGGGGCGUGUUCUCCGGGCUGGCGCUACCCUACUGGCUGAGGGGAACCUGAGCGAGGAGGAGGACACCGAAGUGAGGGAGCAGAUGAACCUGUUGAACUCUCGAUGGGAGCACCUCAGGGUGGCCAGCAUGGAGAGACAAAGCAGACUCCACCAUGUUCUAAUGGAUCUGCAGCACAAGCAGCUGCAACAGCUCACAGACUGGUUGGACGUAACAGAGGCACGGAUAAAGCAAAUGGAGGCUCGGCCGCUUGGUCCUGACUUGGAGGACGUUAAGCACCAAGUGGAAGAGCACAAGCUCUUGCAGGAGGACCUGGAGCAGGAGCAGGUGCGGGUCAACUCACUAACUCACAUGGUUGUUGUGGUAGACGAGAGCAGAGGGGACAGUGCUACUGCCGCUUUGGAGAGUAAACUUCAGGUACUCGGUGACCGCUGGGCAGCCAUCUGUAGAUGGACAGAAGAACGCUGGCUUCUGCUGCAAGAAAUUUUAUUGAAAUGGCAACGCUUCACCAAUGAACAAUCUUUAUUUGACUCAUGGCUGACUCAAAAGGAAGAGCUGGUUCGCACAAUCAAGACCCCCAAUGUAAAGGACAAUGUCGCUACAGGAGCCUGCCUCCGCCAACUUGCUGUGGUAGAGUCAGAGCUGGACAUGAUGCGGCCCACCAUGGAUAAGCUCUCCUCCAUGAGUCAGGACCUGCUGUCCAGUGUCAAGAACAAGGAGGUUGCCAGCAAACUCGGGGCCAGGCUGGAUAGUUUUGCUCAACGUUGGGAUCGACUGGUUCAAAGUCUUAAUCUCAUCAACUCCCAGCUCUCACCAGUCGUCACCACGACAGCCCUCCAACCUGAGCUGACCCACUCAGUCACGGCGACUGUUACCAAGGUGACAACGAGGGAGAGCGUAUCGGCACUCCGCCAAGCCCGAGAAUCACCACCACAGAAGAAGAGGCAGGUGGUCGUAGAUUCUGAACUCAGGAAAAGUUGCAUGCACCCCUUUCUGCUUACAUACCUUAGCAGAUUUGAUGUUGACUUCACAGAGGUCCACAGCUACAUGACUCGCGGCGAGGCAAUCCUGCAGAGUCCUGAGUUUUCUGUUUCCCGCAAAGAUGGCAGCAUUCAGGAACUCUAUGACAAAGUGCAGCUGAUAGAACGUGAACGUCCAGAGAAGUACCGGAAGCUUCAAGAAGCAACCCGCACAGCACAGACCCUUGUUGAGCAAGAGGGGACGCGGGCUGAGGACAUCGCUCAGGCAGCCGAUCAACUGAACCAACGCUGGGUCGGGUUUUGUGCCCUGUUGGCAGACAGGCUGAUCUGGUUAGCCUACCAGACAAAGGUUCUAGCAUUCUACAGCUUGUACGAGCAGUGUGUGCAGGCAGUGGAAGUCAGUGAGAACUGGCUCAAGGUUCAGCUACCACCAUCACCAGAACCAGAGACACUUAAGUUGCAACUGGACCGAUGCAGAGAGGAAGUGGCCCGUCUGUCUUCCUUGCAACCGCAAGUGGAGCUCUUAGACAAACGUUUGAAGGAGCUAAAAGAGGAGAAAGAUGGGGAGGAGGACGCUUCAGCCUUUCUGGAUGCUGACAUCAAUGUGUUCAAAGAACACUACCACAAAGUUCUUGAGGAUCUGAGGGCCAGAGAGAGGCAGCUACAACUAAUUUUGGAGAGCUUGCCCCCAGCUCGUUAUAAGGAGACAAUUUCCACGCUGUUAGCGUGGUUACAGGAAUGUGAGGCCAAACUGGCUAUUCCAUCCACAGCUGUCACAGAGUAUCCUAUUAUGGAGCAGAGGCUGAAGGACAUGGAGGCACUCCAGGUGGCGUUGACCAGUCACCAAGGGCAAGUGGACUACCUGACAUCUGCUGUGGAGCAGGUCUUUCAGAAAGCUCCACCUGAAAUAUGCCAAAAGUAUCGUACUGAGAUGGACAACAUCAUGGCGCGCUGGAGACGACUUGGCACCAUGCUGACGGAUAACACCAAGACAAUCAAGGAGCUCAUGGCCAAACUUAUGCAAUUUGAGAAUGACGUGAAGACGUUAAAGAAGUGGAUGGCAGAUGUGGAUGUGUUCUUGAAUGAGGAAUGGCCAGCACUCGGAGACUCUGAAGCUCUGGAGAAACAACUAGAACAAUGCACGGCCUUAGUGAACGACAUCAACACUAUUCAGCCAAGCGUCAAUGGAAUCAACGAAGUGGGCCUUCAGCUGAAGAAGGACGCGGAGCCCCCUUUCGCCAUUCAUAUUCAGAAGGAACUGGAUGACCUCAAUGCCCAGUGGGAGCAUGUUUGCAAACAGGCUUAUGCUAAGAAGUCAGCUCUGAAAGGUGGCCUAGAUAAGACCAUGGCUCUAAGGAAGGAGAUGCAGGAGAUGCAGGAGUGGAUUAACCAGGCUGAGGAAGACUACCUGGAAAGAGAUUUCACUUACAAAACACCCGAAGAACUACGCAAAGCUGUGGAGGAACUCAAGAGGGCCCAGGAAGAGGUCCACUCCAAGGAGCUCAAGGUCAAACUCCUGACUGAUAGUGUGAAUAGUUUCAUCGCCAAGGCACCGCCUACUGCUCAUGAUGCCCUGCGUUCAGAGCUUGAUGUGCUGAAGGUCAACUAUCAGCGCCUGUGCAGCCGCCUGGACGGAAAAUGCAAAACUCUCGAGGAGGUUUGGGCUUGUUGGUGUGAGCUGCUGUCCUACCUGGAGCAGGAAAAUGCCUUCUUGGACCAGCUCGAGCACAAGCUUGAUCAAACUGAAAACCUUAAAGGUGGAGCAGAGGAGCUGCAGCAGGCGCUAGAUGAACUGGAGGCCCUCUUGCAACACCCUGAGGACAACAGAAACCAAAUACGGGAGCUGGCCCAGACUCUGAUGGAUGGUGGUGUUUUAGAUGAACUCAUUCAGCAAAAAUUGGACGCUUUUAACACACGAUGGGAUGAGCUUAUGGCAAGGGCGUCCCUGAGGCAAAAGGAGCUGGCCAAGAACCUCCAGUGGGCCCAGGAGAAUGAUAAGACACUAAAGGCCAUCCAGGAGUCACUGGCUAACACUGAGCGCCAUCUGAGGGCAUACUUGGCUGACAACAUUGAUGCUCAACAGAUACCACAGGAGGCUCAGAAAAUCCAGUCCGACUUGAGUGGCCAUGAUGCAACCUUGGAGGAGAUGAGAAGGAAGAAUCAAGAAAAGGAACCAUCCCAGAGGAUGACUGGACCUAUAGACCUUACGCAGAAAAUGCUGACAGAUGUUUGGACGAAGUUCCGGCUCUUCCAAAAGCCAGCAAACUUUGAAGCUCGCCUGGCUGAGUGUGAACGUAUUCUAGCCGGUGUCAAAGGUCAGGUGGGGAUGCUGGACAUUCGCAGCGUAGAGCAAGAUGUGGUGCAGUCUCUGCUGGAGCAGUGCAUGAAGUUGUACAAGGUGCUGAGCGAGGUGAAAGGAGAGGUGGAGACUGUGAUCAAAACAGGCAGGCAGAUUGUGCAGAGGCAACAGACUGAGCAUCCCAAAGAGCUGGACGAUCGUGUGACCGCACUCAAGCUGCUGUAUAACCAGCUCGGCGCUCAGAUAACAGAGAGUAAAUUGGAUCUGGAGAAAAUUCUGAAGCUAUCCAGGAAGCUACGCAAGGAGCUAAAUGGACUGACAGAGUGGCUCGCAGCUACUGAUGCUGAACUGACAAGGCGCUCUGCUGUAGACGGCAUGCCCAGUGACCUAGAGGCCGAGGUGGCGUGGGCGCAGUCCAUUCAUAGUGAGACUGAGAAACGCCAGCCACAGCUGCAGGCCGUGGUUGAACUAGCAGAAGCCCUCAAGGCGGUUCUUCAGGUACAUGGGAGUUUGGUAGAAGACAAAGUCAGCCUGCUCCACUGCAACUGGAUUGCUGUCACAUCCCGAGCGGAGGAAUGGCUAAACCUGCUGCUGGCCUACCAGCAGCAGAUGAGGAAGUUAGAUGGAGAGAUUGAGGAAGUGAACGGAUGGAUAGACGGAGCAAAUAAAAAGAUGGAUGAGAUCGACAACCAGGGACCAAAUGAUGCUGCACUAAAGGUGCUGCGUGCCGAGCUGGAGCUAAUGAGGAAGAAAAUGGAAGACUUAAAAACUUUGGCCAAUGAGCUCAUGUCAACCAGGGGAGAAAACUGCCAGGCGCAGGUUGGGCCGAAAGUGGAGCUCCUUACUCAGAAAUUUGACACUGUCGCACAACGCAUCGCUUCCGGACAGACUGCCGCAUCUGCCAAAGAACUGGAGCAGUAUCACCGUGAAGCUCAGAUCUGGUUGAAUCUUCUGGAAGAGGAAGUAAAACAAGGGGAGAACCUCAAGGAAGAGGAUUUCCAGGAAGACAAGGACUGCGAGGAAAGUGCAGUGAAGGAGUUAUUGUUGAGAGGAGAGAACCUGCAGAAAAGAGCGCCAGAUACCGACAAGAGAGAACAGAUCAAACUGAAACAAAAGCAACUUGGCAAUAAGUACAACGCUGUAAAGGACCUUCGCUUGCUCAGGAACAGGAAGGCACUGGCCAUUGCACCUCAGUGGUACCAGUAUAGAAGGAAGUCACAUGACCUGCUGGCCUGGCUAGACGAUAUCCAGCGCAGUGUGGAUCAGCUACCCGACCCUCCCGAGGGCGAGAGGGUCAAGGAAAUUUCCUCACAGAUGGCCCAGAAGAAGGAGGAGCUUAAGGAGUUGCAGGGUUUAGCCAAUCAGCUUUCAGAGGCUGGAGCCGCCAAUCUAGUGGAGCCCCGGCAGCUCCAGCUCAACACACGCUGGGUUGAGGUGGAGGGCAAACUCAAACCCUUUCAGAAACGAUAUUCUGCCGGUGUGCCAAUCACUGACAAUGAUUAUCUGGAAGAGCUGCAUGCGCUGUUACGUUCCGUGGCUGAGGCAGACUUCAAACUCAACUCCCCAGAAUACUGGCCUGCAGCCUAUUACAACCUACCUGAGCAAGACCACUGCCUGAAGGAAGUGAAGGCAAUCAUCGAGAAACUGCACGGUCCAGUUGAGACAGCUCUGUCUCGCAGACAAGAAGUAGUAUCAGGUGCCCGACCUAUGGAGGGUCAGCGAAUCCACGAGAGUGCCAACCACCUAGGAAUCAACUGGGACAAACUUAACAGACUGCACAAAGAACGGCUGAUUCGCUGGCAGGAAUGCAACACCAAGUGGCACAAGUUUGCAGCUGACCAGAGAGCACUUGAGGAGUGGCUUCAUGAAGCUGAAGGUGCAAUCAAGCUGGCUGAGAAAGAGCCAGCAGCACAAAGGCAGCAUCUCCAGGCCCUGACAGAAGCCAUACCACAGCAGGAAGUGGUGUUGAACAGAGUGACCUCUGCAGGCGAGGAUAUCAGCCAGAUGAGUACACCAGAUGAUGCUUCCCGCCUCAGAGCACAACUCAAAUUCCUAAACGCUCGCUGGGCUCAUGUCUGCGAACAGCUCAAUGAGCGCAAGAGAAGAUCAGCAGAAGCGCACGCAACAGCAGCACAGCUACACGAGACAACAGCUUUGAUGCUAGGUUGGCUCGACAAGGCAGAGGGGGUUCUGGGCAUUCCCUUGCAGCCUGCUGAGUCUCAACACAUCAAAGAUACGCUGGGCAAAGUGCAGGCAUGUGUGGAGGAACUUCCCAGCAAGAAAGCAAUGGUGAUAGAUCUGAACACAAGACAAAUUCCUGCAGAUAAACAAAAAGACAUCAGGAUCAUCAACACUCGCUGGGAACAGGUCUCCAAAGCUCUCCCUGAACGCCAACUGGAGAUUGAGUGUCUGUUAAAGGAACUGGAAAGGCUUCAGGCUCAGUUGGACUAUCUUUCAGUCUGGGUAUCCAGAAGCAGAACUCAGCUCGAGCACAGUCCUGAUGAACCCCCGUCCGGUCUCAUCGAGGAAGUCCAAGUCAAGCAGCCCGAAGUUGAGGCAGUUCUACAGCGAGCAAAUCAGUUGUUCAGAGACAUUACUCCAAGCCAGUCCGAUAAGGCAAAGUAUAUCAAGAUGAGAGAAGACUGGACUGUCAUCAUGGAGUUGUUGCGGCAGUAUCAGGAAAGGAAAAAUCUCCUUGUGGCCAAGAAAGCCAGUGAAAUGCUCACGGGGAGUUCACAGGCCGAUUCUGCCGCCCUGGCACAGUUCAACAAGUCAUGGGCUGAACUGACUGACUGGUUGACCAUGCUAGACAACAUGGUGCAGAACAAGCGUGUUGUCGUAGCUGAUCUGGAUGACAUCAACGACAACAUUGGCCAGCUCAAGGCAUCCUUGCAGGAGCUAGAACAGCGACGCCCUCUGCUGGAGAGACAAAUCACCGCAGCUCAGAACCUAAAGAACAAAACCAGCAACCAGGACACACGAAAUGCAAUCACCGAGCGCAUUGACCGGCUUCAGACCCACUGGGAGGACUCCCUGGCCAAACUCUCAGCCAGAAACCAGGAGCUCCAUAACAUGCUGCAGGACUCUACAGAGUGGCUAAAUUCCAAACAGAGGGUAGAAGCUCUCAUCAAGCAGGCCAGCGAAAGGCUGGAAUCCUGGCAGGAGGUCACCUACACGGUUGAUGCUCUCACAAGGCAGAAUGCUGAACUCAAGGGCUUCGCGAGCGACCUCCGACAGUGGCAGGGUCAAGUGGAUGAAACCAAUGCGAUGGCCGACAAAUUGCUGACAAGUUACGCUCACGAUGACACGCACAAAGUUACCCAAAUUAAUGACAACAUGAUUGCAGUAUGGACACACAUCAACAAGCGUGUUUCAGACAGAGAGGCAGCUCUGGAAGGGGCUCUGAAGCAUUUGCAGCAGUUCUAUCUUGAUUUGGAUAAGUUCCUCAACUGGUUGACAGAGGCUGAGACAACAUGUAACGUUCUAAUAGACGCCACCAAUGAAGAGAAGCUGGCAGAGAAGCCUGAGGCGGUCCGGAAUCUUUUGGCACAGUGGAAGGACCUAGAGGUUGAGGUGGAUAGCCAUACAGAGCUAUACCAUUCACUUGAUGAGCAGGGCCAGAGGAUUCUGAGCUCACUGGGGGAUUCAGAGGAUGCUGCACUCCUCCACAGACGUUUGAACAACAUGAACCAGCGCUGGGAGGACUUGCGCAGCAAGACUCUCAGCAUGAGAGCUCACUUGGACUCGGAAAUGGCACCUUGGAAAAGGCUACAUAUGUCCCUGCAGGAGCUGCUCAACUGGUUGAGGCUGAAAGCUCAGCAGCUAGAGCGAGAGCCACCUGUCGGUGGUGACGUCCCUACUGUUCAAAACCAGUUGGACACCCACCGUGGCUUCAGGCGGGACGUAAGAGCCAAAGAGCCUGUUGUGACCAAGGCUCUUGAUGAUGUUGGUGUCUUCCUGUCUGAAUUGCCGCAAGAGCCAUCACCUGAGCGGCGGGACAUAGGUUCCAUGGAGCGUGCCCAGAAUGUUGGGCGACUCCUGCGCAAAGAAGCGAAUGACGUGAUGACCAAAUGGGAGCAGCUCAAUAGCAACUCUGCUGACUGGCAGAGAAGGCUCGAGCUUGCUCUGAAGCGACUGAUGGAGCUCCUUGAGGCUGAAGAUCUUGUGGAUGGGCAGCUGAGGCAGGCAGAGAUGGUGAAAAAUGCUUGGGAGCCUGUUGGCGACCUUCUAAUUGACUCCCUACCUGAGCACAUCCAAAGAGUCAAGGAGUUUCAGGAAGAGAUUGCUCCCAUUGAGGAAGAUGUGACACACAUGAACCAAUUGGCAUCCACUUUCAGUCUGCCUGAACUCCAGCUGUCGCCCAGCAACCUGGAACGCAUUGAAGAGCUCAACAGACGCUGGAAAUUGUUGCAGGUCUCAGUCAAUGACCAUCUAAAGCAACUGAUGGAUGCACACAAAGACUUUGGCCUCCUUCAUGGAUCUGUUGACAGCCCCUUCGAGCAGAGUACCUCUCCAAACAACGUGCCCUACUACAUUAAAGAAAAGGAUGGACCUGACCUGGUGACCAAGACACUCCACCAGACCCAAACAACAUGCUGGGACCAUCCGAAGAUGACGGAGCUCUAUCAAUCAUUGGCUGACCUGAACAACGUUCGAUUCUCAGCCUACCGAACAGCCAUGAAACUCAGACGCCUACAGAAAGCUUUGUGCUUGGACUUACUGAACAUGCCGAUGGCGUGUGAAGUGUUUGACCAGCAUAGCCUGAAGCAGAAUGAGCAGCUGCUUGACAUCUCCCAGCUGGUAGCCUGUCUGACCAGCCUAUAUCAGCGGCUGGAGCAAAGUCAUGCACACCUGGUCAGUGUCCCUCUGUGCGUCGACAUGUGUCUCAACUGGCUACUCAACGUCUAUGACACUGGUCGCAGCGGAAAGAUUCGUACCUUAUCCUUCAAAACUGGAAUCAUCUCACUUUGCAAAGCGCACCUGGAGGAUAAAUACAGAUUCUUGUUUAGGCAGGUUGCAAGCGCGACCGGUUUCUGUGACCAGCGUCGUCUCGGUCUUCUUCUCCACGACUCGAUCCAGAUCCCACGGCAACUUGGAGAGGUGGCUUCAUUCGGUGGUUCCAACAUCGAGCCCUCUGUGCGAAGCUGCUUCCAGUUUGCCAACAACAAGCCAGAACUAGAAGCUGCCAUGUUCCUGGACUGGAUGCGUCUAGAACCUCAGUCCAUGGUGUGGCUGCCCGUGCUGCACCGUGUGGCUGCCGCUGAAACCGCCAAACACCAGGCCAAGUGUAACAUCUGCAAGGAGUGUCCCAUUAUUGGCUUCAGAUACCGAAGUCUGAAACAUUUCAACUAUGACAUUUGCCAAAGCUGCUUCUUCUCCGGUCGCGUUGCCAAGGGACACAAGAUGCAGUACCCUAUGGUGGAGUACUGCACCCCGACUACUUCCGGUGAGGAUGUCAGGGAUUUCGCUAAAGUGCUGAAGAACAAAUUCAGGACGAAACGCUACUUUACCAAACACCCACGCAUGGGCUACCUACCCGUUCAAACCAUCCUGGAAGGUGACAACAUGGAAACCCCUAUCACACUGAUCAACUUUUGGCCUGUGGACCAUGCGCCUGGCACAUCCCCUCAGCUCUCGCACGAUGACACACACACUCGGAUCGAGCACUACGCCAACCGGUUAGCAGAAAUGGAGAACCGUAAUGGCUCUUAUCUGAAUGACAGUAUCUCACCUAAUGAGAGCAUUGAUGAUGAGCACAUGUUGAUCCAACACUACUGCCAGUCACUGAACCAAGGCUCUCCCCUCAGCCAACCCCGCAGCCCGGCCCAGAUUCUCAUCUCCAUGGAAACAGAGGAGAAGGGAGAGCUGGAGCGGGUCCUCAAUGACCUGGAGCAGGAAAACAGGAAACUGCAAGCCGAAUAUGACCGUCUAAAGAAGGCUCAUGACAGAAAGGGCCUGUCCCCACUGCCCUCACCUCCGGAAAUGCUGCCAGUCUCGCCACAGCGCGCAAGGGACGCCGAGCUCAUUGCCGAAGCCAAGCUGCUGCGGCAGCACAAGGGGCGCCUGGAAGCCCGCAUGCAGAUCCUCGAGGACCACAACAAACAGCUGGAAUCUCAAUUGCACCGACUGAGGCAGCUCCUGGAGCAGACUGAUUCCAAGGUGAACGGCACCGCUCUGUCCUCCCCCUCCACCUCGUCUCAGCGCUCGGACUCCUCCCUGCCUCAGCUGCGCGUGGCUGCCAGCCAGACCACUGACACAAUGGGUGAUGAUGAGCUGUCCAACCCUUCCCAAGAUGCAUCUGGAUUGGAGGAAGUGAUGGAACAGCUCAAUAACUCUUUCCCUCAUAGCCAAGGAGGGAGAAGAGGACACCAAUGAGAGGUCCUAGCAUCGGAAGUUUGUUCCACAUGGCCGACGAUCUGGGCCGUGCAAUGGAGUCCCUGGUAAACGUGAUGACAGAUGAGCCGAGUGGCAUCAAGGCUCCGCCCUUCUGACAUCACACGCACCUCUUCCUAUUUCGUAGUCGUAUAGAGAUGAAUUGGAGACAGACUUUACAAACAGAAUAUAAAACAUCUAUUUUUGUGAAGGAUUGCUGUUACAGAAAAGAUGAGUUCAAGUUUUAAGAAAGUAAAUUGUAGAUUUUAGUAGUUUCUUAAACAUCCUGAAGUUGUUUUAUUGGGGGGUAAAAAAUGUUUUUAAAAUUCUAUGCAAUUGUAUUAAAAAUGUUUUGGGGGAGGGGGUCAACAAAGAAAGAUACAAAUAAGUGUGUUUAGUGUGUAUGUUUGCAUCGCUUUGUAAUCGGAGAAAAAGCAUUUCAGACAUUUGUAUAAAAAAAAAAGAGAAUGAUUGUAAUAAUAAUAAGGGAGUUUACUAUAAAGAACAUGUCUUUAUAUAACAACGUACAAUACUGUUAAGGUAAUGCAGGCAUCCUGUAACUUUACAGUACGUUGUAUGUGUAUUGGUGGUCCCAAUGCAGUACAGUACUCACUUUUUUGUCACCAACAUCCAUCAGUCUGCUAUAGGCUUCUUGUAUCCGUAUGCAACAACUGAUUCAGUCAUCCCUGGGCAGUAUUUAGCCAAAAAGGUGAAAGAUGUAUAUCAUGGUAAAUAAUUACACAUUGGAUUGGAUUUUUUUCUCCAAAACUUUUUAGUUGUGGCUUUGUUGGUUUUAAAGCUCGGUAUUUAUCAUGGGUGCCCAAAAAUAUGAUUUUAUUUGCAUCUUUGUGUUUGCUGGAGAUUGUAAAAGAGCAAGAAAACAGGUUUUUGCACUGGCACAUGUGGCGUUUUAAUUUCGUCAGAGUUCGUUGGUUACCAACUGCACACUGGGUUUUCCUUUUGUAGUUCAAUCUCUUCCUGUCUUAAGUACUGUAAGAUUCUUUGGCCGUUGAGGCUGCAAACUGACUCCUCUUUUAAGUUUCAAUUGCAAACUCUACUUGACCUCACGUAAAAGUACAGUCAUUAUUACUACUGUAGCCAACUCCAAUAAUGGAGCUUGAAUGUGGGAAUUCAAUCACUGCAUUUGAUUUUUUUUUUUUUUUUUUUUUUUUUUUUGUCGAGAUCAUUUAUGACUGAACAGCGACUACUAUUGUCAUGCCUGGGACAUAACUAAAUAUACCGGGACGUCUUUUCAUUUUAAUAGUGUUUGUCUUUGUUAAAAGUGCAUUCUGUUUUGACGUUGUGAGGUUAUUACUAAUCAUGCAUGAGUGGCUAAAAUGAAAUUCUUCUGUAACCGAGGAAAGACUGAUACACACGCUCCGCUGCAUGACCAUUUCGAUCAAGACACUGAAUUUGUUUAUUUCUAACUUUUGCGUGUCAUUUUUGCAUCACAAUACUUCACAGCAUAUCAGGCUCCACCAAAUAUAUGCCUUACUACUACUGUAUUAUAAAAAUGCUUUACUGUACAUCAAUAAAGCACGCAGUCAUGUCGAUUUGGCUUUUUUUUGU